AUGCCAAUUGAGAUUGAAUCGCCAGAGGAAUAUGGCUACGAUAAGAUCAAGUUCAAUCUCUCUGAGAGCUCCAUCGCGGACCAGUCCUUAGGCUCUCUUGGAUUAACCAUUCCCGACCUUACUCUCCUCUAUAAUGAACAUAAGGGGAGUACCGAGCUGCGAGCAGCCAUUGCUGCCGACGCUGGCCUGAGCGCGGAUGAUGUUCUCAUAACUGGUGGUGCGGCCGGAGCUCUCUUUAUCAUCUCAACAUCUCAGCUGUCUGCACAAGAUCAUAUUGUUGUGGUUCGACCAAAUUAUGCAACCAAUCUGGAAACACCGAGGGCAAUUGGCUGCGACAUCACCUUUGUGGAUCUUAAGUUUGAGUCAGGCUUCGAACCAGACCUCUCUUUCAUCGAACAAGCAAUCACACCAAAGACCAAGAUCGUCUCCAUAACUUGCCCGCAUAACCCAACAGGAACGCUGCUGUCUAGGGAAUCUCUAGAUCGCCUUGUUGCCAUCACCAAGCAGCAAAACUGUUUGCUUCUCGUUGACGAGACCUACAGAGAUGUCAAGUACGGCCGGCAGCUCCCUGUCGCAGCCUCACUCGGUGAUCAUGUCUUGAGUGUAUGCUCUCUAUCGAAAUCAUAUGGCGUGCCAGGAAUUCGACUUGGCUGGGUCAUAACCCAGAACAAGAAGCUUCAGGAGACGUUUUUGGCAGCCAAGGAGCAGAUAAGCAUCAGUGGCAGCGUUAUUAAUGAAUGGAUUGCGACGCAGCUGCUCCUGAAAAGAGAAACCAUUCUUUCUGCUACAAAUGAGGAGAUGGCAAUUCGCCUGCAGAUGGUUCGGUCAUGGAUUGAGAAAGAGGAACUCUUGGAGUGGGUGGAGCCAGUGGGCGGCGUAGUUUGUUUCCCUAGCAUGAAGAAAGAGCCGGUAGGCGGCACGGAUGCAUUCUACGACAGGCUGUUGAAGAAGUAUAAGACAUACGUCGGCCCUGGACACUGGUUUGAGAUGCCCGAUACGCAUUUUCGCUUGGGCUUUGGUUGGCCCACAAGAGAAGAGCUUCUUGGUGGCAUGGAUGCGAUUUCCAAGGCGCUGCGAGAUGCUGAUAGCUAA